GCCGCAGGCACGGGGGUGGGGGAAGGGCGGCUGGGUGUGAUGGUCUGGAGGCCUGCGGAGCAGAUGUCCGGGCAGCAGGCUUUUCCCCACCCUUUUUGGUGUCUGGGCCCUGCAAAGGUUGUAGGGGAGGCGCCUAGGGGAGAAAUGGCGGCGCGGGAGCAGGGGAGUGUGUGUCCCUUGGAGGUCGCUGGGGAGUGUGGUGUCCCUUGGAGGUCUCUGUCGGUGGGUUGGGGGCGGGUGUCCAGCUCUGGGCCUAGUUUAGCUCUGGGUGGUGAGUUGCCUUGCUACUUGGGCCUUACUCCAGGAGGCCCUUGUGUCCUGUCUCUUCCCAUAGGCUUCUGCUUGGUGGCAAAGUCUCCUGUCUGAGUGGUAGGAGUGGUGCAUUCUGGGGAAGGGGAAACAUAAUUAGAGGGGCACCAGAACAUAAGAAUGAAAUGUUCAUCUGCUUUCCAUACAGGAUUGAUUGUUUUAUUCCCUUCUAUAUUUAGAAUCUUGUGCGUAAUUUACUGCAAGCAAGUGGUCAUGAUAAGGAGUUGGUCAUAUUAUGAUAUUAUAUGAUAUUAUGAUUUUAUUAUAUGAUAUAUUCAAGAUACAUUUUUUCAACAUUCUGUUUCACUUUGACGAUUUUUUAUAUGUUUGAAUGGGAGUUAAAGUAAAGGAGAAGUUUUUGUGCAGUAUCUUGGUUUCUAUAGGUUGACUCUUCUCCAGCCAGAGGAUUCUUCUUUAGUGGGAAGGAGAGUAUCUCCUGAGCAUCCUGCUUUGUGAUGAGUCUGGCAUUGGUAGCACAUAAGAUCUGCCUGUGAAGUCAGCCGGACGACUUUCAACAGUGAAAGUGAGGAAGGAGGAAACAGUCCCAUCACAUCAGUGCAAGUUGGUGUGAGGCCUUUCUAAAGACAUACACGUUCCUGAUGGUGUCUCUCCAGUGCUAGCCUUGGACUGGCAGAAGACUGCUUUCAACGGCUCUGCCUUUGGAAAUCAUCAUCUUCCCCUAACCCGAGUCUUUCCUCUGUCCCUGCCGUUGAUAGAGGCUGUAUGACAAAAAGGGACCUUUGUAAUUACUAAACUGACAGCUGUCUUUGACUCUUUCUGCCAAGUUCAUCUCUGACCAAGUUAGACAGUGUAAAGAGAGUAGCCUGGACUGAACCGAGAACUAAGGUUAAGACUGGACAGGUGUCUGUAGCUGUGCUUCAGCCAUGACUGGUGCAAAGAAUAAGGCUAGAGCGCAGGCUAAACUAGAAAAAAGGGCAAAUGCCCAGGCCAGAGCGGUGGCAGAGAGGGAGGCUGCCAAUGCAAGCAGAGCUGCAGGCAAAAACCGCGACAAAGGAAAACCGAAGGCAGGAACUAGAACAGAUGCAGUGGCGGAGAUGAAGGCGGGGUCUAAGAACAAGGCAGGUACUGAGAUGAAAGAAGGGGCGAGGUCAGACUCUAAGGCUCCAGGAAAAGGCACAUGGGAUUACUACCAUAAGGCUGAGAACAAGGUGGCGAGAUCUACGCGUAAAGAUAAGGCCAGUGACGCCUGGUUCUGGGCUGGGGAAGAGUCUGGCAUCAAUUCUUGGUUCUGGAAGGGAGAAGAGGUUAGUAAUAAUUCUGUUGCUAAGGGUGAAAAUAAAACUAAUACUGGUACUCAGGGUCGCACUGAGGAGUCAGAGCCUACACCAAGGGCCAGCCACAAGUCUAGGUCAGGGGCCGAGGAGGAGGAGGAAGAGAAUGUUAUUGGGAACUGGUUUUGGGAAGGAGAUGAUGCUGGUUUUGAUCCUAAUCCUACACCUGUGUUCAGAAUAGUUAAACCUCAGCCAGUGGAUGAAAUUAAUGAAAAAAACAGGCCAAAGGACUGGUCUGAGGUUACCAUUUGGCCCAAAGCUCCUGCUGUAACUCCAGCAGUGUUAGGUUAUAGAUCUCAGGACUCAUCUGAGGGAAGGCCCUCUUCGUAUAUCGUGCUGGCCUCAAACGAAGAAGAAACUUCAACAGCAGCCUCCACUAAGAAUACGCGAUCAAGCCUACAGCCUAUACCCGAGUAUCCAUUUGGUUCUGAACCUUGCAUCCAGACCUUAGAUGAAAUCAGACAACAAAUCAAGAUCAGAGAAAUGAAUGGCAUCAAGCCCUUCGCUUGUCCUUGCAAAAUGGAGUGCUAUUUGGAUUCCCCAGAAUUUGAAAAGCUUGUUAACAUACUUAAGUCAACUACUGAUCCCCUCAUUCAUAAAAUAGCACAGAUAGCAAUGGGUAUACAUAAAGUUCAUCCAUUUGCCCAGGAAUUCAUUAAUGAAGUGGGUGUGGUGACACUUAUUGAAAGCUUGCUCAGUUUUUCUUCCCCUGAAGGUAUAAAAAAGACUGUUAUUACUCUGAAUUCUUCUGGGGAUGAAAGACAACACAAAGUUGAAUUUCAUGUUAAGCAUAUGUGUAAAGAAACUGUGUCUUUCCCCUUGAACUCGCCCGGCCAGCAAUCUGGAUUAAAAAUACUAGGGCAGCUAACUACUGAGUCUGUUCAUCACUACAUUGUCGUGAGUUACUUUUCAGAGCUUUUCCAUUUACUGUCCCAGGGAAAUCGUAAGACUAGAAAUCUUGUUUUGAAAGUAUUUUUGAAUAUGUCUGAAAAUCCAAGGGCAGCCAGAGAUAUGAUCAAUAUGAAGGCAUUAGCAGCAUUAAAACUCAUCUUUAACCAAAAAGAGGCAAAAGCAAAUCUUGUUAGUGCUGUGGCCAUCUUUAUUAACAUAAAGGAACAUAUUAGAAAGGGCUCAAUUGUAGUAGUCGAUCACUUGAGUUACAAUACUCUUACUGCCAUAUUCCGUGAAGUUAAAGGGAUUAUUGAAAGAAUGUAAAAUGACCCAGAAAUGGAAGGUAACACUGAACAGUGUCCAAAUUCUGAUUGGCUAUACAUUCCCAAAGAGUUUUGCAUACUAUUUUGGUAAUAACUGUACACACAUUUUGUCUUAACAUCUUUUACAAAUUAUUACCUGUGACAGGGUCUAGCUCAAAUCUAAAACAUUUUUGGUGUAUCAAAUGAAUAUUAAACCUUGAGAUAAACAAGUUUGUUGAUUUCUAUCUUAUCUAGAUUAGCAGAUUUUUAACAUUUUACUUAAAGAAAUUGUGAUCCAGCUAUCAAAAGUACAGUGUCUUGGUGAUUGUUAUCUGCUUAGAUCUAUUUGUGGCUCCAGAUAGCAAAAAAAGAAACUACUGGUCUUGUAAUCUAGUUACAGAAAUAAGGCGUAUGCAAAUAAAGAUAACUGAUGGUACCUACA